CUUUCGCAGAUGACGUAACAGCUGUUGUAUGGCACAAAUCACUGGACACCUUGGCAACUGAUAUUACCGGCUUAGUUGAAAAAAUUGGCAGCUGGUGCUCUAGUAGUAAACUAUCGCUGGCGUCCGAAAAGACGUCAAUUAGUCUGAUGACAAAGAAAAUUCGACCACCGGCUUUGCCGCAAAUCGUUGUCAAUGGCAGUACCAUCCAACCAGUAGAUCAGAUGAAGAUUUUAGGAGUGAUUAUCGAUCGAAAGCUGGAUUUUCGCCCCCACCUCCGCUACGCCAUGGAAAAAUCGACGAGGAUUUUCAAACAGGUGGUUGGGAUGGCACGAUCAAGAUAUGGUCUUGGACCAAGAAUAAUAAAAAUGCUAUAUGACACGAUCUUGAUACCGACAUUGACGUAUGCUGCCAGUGCAUGGAGUCAUGCUGUCAUUUUUAAAUAUAUUGAAAAAGAGCUGCGGAGAUUUCAGAGGCCUUGGGCCCAUUUGAUUACCAAAUCGUAUCGAACAGCGUCAUUUAUUGCCACCACCGCCAUUGCCGAUAUACCACCAUUGCAUCUUCAUAUCAGAUUCCUGGCAAAUGUCAACCUGGCUAAAAUCGGAAGAAAUUACCCGUAUGAUGGUCGAUACAUCGCCACCGAUGUUGAAGAAGAUAUCGAGGUAAAGAGCGUUGAAUCAAUGAACAUAUUUGCUGGUCAACCGCUGGUUCGAUCGAGGUUCCAUAUCUUCACCAAGAUCAUCAAAAAGAAUCACGGUAUUGGCUGCUGCUUCACGGUGAUGAGAGAUAUGUGCAUGGUGGAUGUGCAACGGUUCAGGCUUCCUCCAUAUUGUUCGAUGCUACAAGCCGAUCAUUUUAUCAUGUUACAAGCUAUCGCCUGGGGACAAGAGUACUGCUUUGCAGGUACCCCGAUAACUGUAACCAGCAACAACAUCGGUGCCAUCAAACACUUGAAGAGGAAAAACAAAAAGAUAUCGAAUUUGGCGAGAGAGAUUGUCAACAGGUUGACCGAAAAUAUUACCAUCGCCUGGAUUAAAGUGGACAUUGAAGAUCAACAGAUGGUUAAGACGAAAAAGAUUGCCAGCAGAAUAUCUACCAGCAACCUAGAGUUCAGCUUCGAAAAAAUUCCAAUGUCAUUUGUCAAGAAGGACCAGAGAAAAAUAUUGUUGGCCACAUGGAAUCAAGAAUAUGUGAGUGACAAGUUCGGCCGAAGCAUCAAAUCGUUAUUCCAGACAGUUGGCCAGGUGAGGAAGUUUAGUCCAUAUAUAAGCUUUUGGCUUACACAAGGGCUCACUGGUCACGGGCAGUUCGGCAAAUACCUGAAGGAAUUUGGCCUCACAUCUGAUGCAAGCUGUCAAUGCGGUCAUCAAGAGCAAAGUGUCCGUCAUUUACGUUUCGAGUGCCCAUUAGCGGCCUUUUUACGACGCGACUACGACACCGCAAAAAACAUGUGUAUGUCCCCCGUAGAACGUAUACGUAUUGAGGCGGUUCUCUAUGAACAGCUGGCAAUGUUGGCCAACCAGCUGAGAGGUGGUAUUCAUAGAUGAUAACGGGGGUUAACCGGCAGGAAUAUUGAUGGCACGCCGGGUACACUGAUGGCUUCGCAUGGCCCAUAUCACCUAACCUCCGGGACCCCGUAAAACCUCACGAGCGUAGCUCGUGAGGUUUUACUGAUAACAUUCCUAACCUAAACUACAACAAUUAUUGUGAUUGGCGAUAGUUUAGCCAGAAGAUGAAAUCCAAUAGUUGGCCAACGUUGUAGUCGGGUCCCGGGGGCGGUCACUGUGGCAUUAACACCGGACUUGGUUCAUAGACGAAAUUUUUCUGGCAGCCGACGAACACACACACAUCGGAUACAACACGAAACAGUAUUUAUUGUAGGUUUUAUUCUUAAAGUUUUUAUUUUUCAUAGCAUACAUAACACCUGUAGUAUACAACACACACAACAAUGAACACAACAUUUGUAUCGAUACAUACCGGCUAGCUGACGAAGACACUGGUGUCUCCUGGGUGGCUCCCCUAAACAGCCGGCAUCAGUGGUGUAUCAAUCUGGUCCGAACGCUGAACAUGGAUCCACCGUGCUCAACAGAGUGAACACACACACAUACUUACACCAGUUUUUACAUGUUCAACACACACAGGAUACAACAUUCAUCUCACACGUACACACACACACAUAGGACACAGCACCUGUUGAACCAUGGCUAAGCAAUCCAGUGGGUGGUUCCCGUAAACAACCAUUGCUUAUUGGAUCCAUUUGAUGGUCUGGUUGCUGGUAGAGGCGGUGGUGGCAACUGAUGUUUCAAUCGACAGGAUGUGGCAGACUAUCCCACUGGUCGGUGGCGAACGGUAUUCAACUGGUGGUUUUCUGCAGUGGACGCUGCUUGGCAUGAUGAUAGGAGAAUUUUGGUGGCUGGCUGACGAACGCCAUGGUACUUAUGUACCAUGUAAACAACAGUAUUAAAUCAACAGAUCGUAUUUGGAUGUAUGGUAACCAACAGUAUUAUAGCCAAGAAUGGAUCGAGUCUCGGUGUGUUUAGUAUGGUGAUGGAUCCCCAACACGUACCAGCGUUGGAUGGCUCAUUGGAUGGAUCGAGAUGGCAACAAUUGUAUCGACAAACAUUGGAUCACUGGAUGGUAGAAAUGCAAUGUAAGUCAACAUUGUAUUUGUAAACACAUGUUGCUGUGCAACAACAGCUGCUCGGCAACACAUUGGCUGCAGCAUCACAUGACACAUACACAGAACACGUACGCUGCAGUCAAUCACUCACACAACGAAUGGCUACACGCACACACACAUAUGUAUACACAUACACGCGCAUGUCACAAAAUUUGAACGACACUCAAUGUUUGCGCGCGUUUGACUGGCAAGCUAUAGUCAUAGGUCUGGCGCAUAGCAUAGAUGACCAAGUCAGGGUCAAUGCCGAUGUGAUAGGACAAACCGGCAAGCGUCAGAUCAGGCUAUUUAAGCAAAAAUCAACUUAGGCAUAAUUGCCCAGUUUCACUUGCCUUAUGUGCGUGUUAGGCUAUUUUAAAUUUUUUAUCGUUCAAGUGAUCCAUACACAAACAUUCACACAAAUAUUUAUACACACACAUACACACCGGUUUAGUGCUACCGAUCUCGGUGAUCAGUCUGGCCAUUCGGCUCAUGAUUGGUUUCGCAUGACAACCACCUUGCAGUAACACAUACAGUUUGUACAGACUCUACAUUAACACAGAACACAGAAGAAGAAUAUUGGGAAACGGCGUAACGUAGGAUCACCUGCUUACGAGGGUGUAAAAAUACCAGAAGUCGAAAUUGUGCGCAUCGUUUCACUCUCUGGUCACCCGUCCGUUAGAACAAUAGGACUCUUGAUGCAUGCAUACACCACACAAAUUUUUACAGAUACCAACAUAGGACACACAACUGCAAUCACACACACAUCUUUUACAGACGUACACGCCAACAUGCAAACACAGGACACAAGUUUUUGUUUUCAUUUAUUUAUUUAUUUAUUUAUUUAUUUAUUUAUUUAUUCUAUUGCAUGUUGGAUUUUUAUUUUUUAUUAUUUAUUUAUUUAUUUAUUUUAUCAUUUUUAUUGUCAUUGCCAUCGCCAUCCACAUUGUCAUCGAGCCAUACAUUGUAUUUAUUCUGGCGGCCAUUGCUGCCUAUAUAAAGCAGAAAAUAAAUUAAUUUUUAAUUAAAAAAAAAA